UCAGAACAACUUGGAGCUCCGACGGGUUAGCACGCACGCUCUCUCGCAGCAUAAGGUCAACCAGGUGACUCAGCCGGAACCCGGUUUGAAACACUUCCGUCGUGAAUGCAUACGGAAACACGAUGAGUGAAAAGUGAAGGAAGACUCAGUUUUUGUGUUUGUGUUCAAUAGAUACAGUUCACAGCACCAGUGAAUGAUAUGCUGAGGACACAAGUGUGGUGGCAAUGACAAGCAUGCAAGUGAUAACGUGUGUCGCAGUGGUGAGUGUGGUGGUGUGUGGUGUCACGCGAGCAACUUUGGUGCCCUACACUCUGGGGAAAACUACCAUCAUGGUGGACAGCGAGGUCCUCGGGUACAAUUCACCGUUAUUAUCAUACCUGAGGCAGGGCAUGCCUCUGCGGCGGAAUGGUGAGUCACAUACUGACGACAUCCUGGAAGACGCUGGUCAGCCUGAAGAAACAACAUACGAAGAAAUGCCGACUACUAUUACCCAAGAAUCAGAUGAAUCUUAUAGUUUUAACAAAGACUUCCAUACUAGCCCCGAAGGAGCUUUGGCGAUCAAAGUAAUGCCAGAGAAACGUCCUCCACCUAUUACCAUGAAUGAAGCUGCAGGAAUAUAUUUUAAGGGACAGCUUAUUCCAAUCCCUCAUGAAGAUACCAUUCCUCCUCUUUACUAUAACGUGCAGACCCCAAACUUUGCUCAGGUUUCCGAGAAAAUCCAUAACAUCGUGACAUCGCUCAGUCCCAAGCUAAAUGAUCGAGCACCAGACCCAUCUCGUCCUCCACCUAUCCCUAAUGCUCUUCCUUUACAAUUACAUGCGAGGCCCGGAGACACACCACCUUCGUUAGCUAACACUGAAGGCUUCACGGGAGUUUCCGUAAAACACAUGGUGCCAGAGGAGUCUGACGAGGAUCAAGCAACGAAUAAUGAUGAUCUCAAUUUCCUAUUAAGUAAUGAUCCUGAGGCAGUCCAUCAUUUAUUACAAAGUGAUAUUCGUGACAUUCACACUAAACCUCUUGGACACGAUAAUAUCUCACCGAUGGGUCAUAUCUGGGGGCCAGCAGUUGACUCACUUCAUCACACAAAUGUACACGAUGAUGAGGAAACAGAAAGUAAUGAUAAACACACGUCUUUGUUUGGUGUCAUGGUCGAGCCUCUGCACCAUAAAUCUGAUCCAUCAUCGAGCACGCAGCAUGAUGGUGACGAGCUGGUGGUGACCUUGACUGAUUCAGGUGCCGAUGAAGUCAGCACCAUCGACACAGUUACUACUCUACCAGCCCCAGUAACUCAGGUAAGCCUUCACAACACUCAGUCUGCAACUGAAGACUCUUCCGCUGCCUUUCCACAUGCAGUCCCUACUCUAGCACCUGAGGUAAUAGAUGUGAUCGCUAAUGAAGAAGUGGACACGGUCACCAUACCAGCAAAUGAAACAGAAAGUGUAAGUCGCCAAGCAGAAUGGAUGGACACAACAGAUAAAGUAGAUGCAGUAAUUAUUCCAACAGAAGAAGUAGAUUUGGUAACGCUGACAGAGGAGCUUGGUACAGCGAUCCUCCCAAUUAAAAAAGUUAAUACGGGAGUUCCCAUAGAAGAGGUAGAAACGGUGACUCUUUCAGUAGAGGAGGUGGAGACAAUCUCUUAUAUGACUAGGACAGACAUCAUGCCAACUGAAGAAUAUGCUGACAUCGAUUUAGACAAGAUUUUAUCAAUUAAGGUGGAUGAGUUGCAACGUGACGAGGUGAGAGAAACUGUGUUGUUAGCAGAGGAGGAGGAGGACCAGGCAGCACUAGAUAGUGUGAUGACAAACCUCUUUGAAAGUUUAUUUGGCAAUGUGACUGACUCGCCUUAUAGUGACAGUGAAGACGACAUAUCCACGUCUUUGGUGUCAACUAAUGGCAAUGUCUCUGAUCCAUUAAGGCAAGAUGAAGGAUAUGAACAAUAUGCUGAGGAGCGUUUAAACAACAACACUCUUAGAAUUGAUGACACUGCUAAUAUGGACAGUGCCAUUAAAAUGAACGAGGACUCACACAUUGACAAUAGUGGUUUUCCAGCAUUUCCCACUGUAACUCUCCACACGUCGGAAGAGCAACGGCCUUCCCGCCCGCAUCUACUUUCAGGUGAUGAUUCUCUGAAGCCAUUCUCAGAUUUUAAUGAGAAGACUUCAUUUGCAGAUCGGAGGACUGAAAGUGCUUCCAGUGGCAGUGGCUUCCCAGCCCAAGACCAAUUACAUUACUCAGUAGACGCAAACUCCUCUUCCUCCGGAAAUAAUCCUGAACAACAGUCUUCCACCCAGCAAGACACCUCUCUCAAACAUGAUCUCCCGCAUUCUACAGACGAGGGACUCAAGUCCUGGUUCAAUAGAGAACCCAUUACUAUUUUUGAUCCCUUACAUUCCCCCAACCCAGGCUCAUCACUUCCCCACGAACCCCAAGGAAGUCAGCUGACCCCAGAUAGUUUUGCCACCAAGCUAGAUUAUGAAGAUGAAGAUGAUCGCGACUCACAGCCUGUAAGUCAACAAAGCGGUAUGGACUUAGUAAUUUCUCCACAUAGUGACUCAGAUCAACCACAGAUUCCUAUAAAAGAUGUGACGGAAGCAUCUGAGAGCGACAGUGACUCAAAUACUUUAGGACUACCCGUGGGCUAUAAUAGCUCAGAAACAGAUGGUGACGAUAACUCAGCUAACCUGACACCCAAGACUGGUGAUGACACAGGAACACCAAAAGAUGAAGAUGUGAAUAGCUCAGGCGACAUUUUUCUUGAUUCAUAUCAAUCAGGCACAUACGAAGACGCUGCUGAUUUAGAAAACUCGAACAAAUAUGACUCAGAUGACUCAAACACACUCAAGAACGAUGUUAACUCCGAUAACCCAAACACACCCAAGGGCGAUGAUGACUCGGACAACUCAGAAAUAUUAGGUGACUCAUAUGCUAUGGACGACUCAAAAACUGAUGAUUCAGGAGCAGCAGAGGGGGAUGGUGACGCAGGUGACUCAAGCACACCCAAGAGCGAUGAUGAUUCGGACAACUCAGAAAUAUUAAAUGACUCAGAUGAUAUGGACAACUCAAAAACACCACAUGAUAAUGAUCACUCAGAAGCAGCAGAGGGUGAUGGUGACGCAGAUGACGAUGACAUAACCGAGGAUGGUGAUAACUCGGAUGACACUCUCCGCCAGGCAGAACUGAGCUCCAGUAAUGCAUCGGAUACUAUCAACACUUCUACUACAGCGUCGCCAAACCAGACCAUGUCUUUGGUCUUUCCAGGUGCUGUGGUCCACAAUGCAGGCCCAGAAAUAUUCCAGAAAUCUGCUUGUAAUUGUGGGCUCCGUUUUGCAACGAAAGUGGUGGGUGGCAGUCCCUCCAGUAUUAACGAAAACCCAUGGAUCGUAGGACUUAUCGACAGGUCGAACUUCCUCUUCUGUGCUGGUACGCUCAUCACUGAUCGCUACAUUGUGACAGCAGCUCACUGCAUCCUAAAUAAGGAGCCUUUCGCUGUUAGAGUCCGCUUGGGUGUCAGCAGGAGGAACAGUCCAAAUCCAGUGGAAGUGGAUGUGAAGAGACUCAUUCUUCAUUCCAAAUACAACGCUAAUUCAUAUCAUAAGUUCGACAUUGGUCUCAUAGAAAUGAUGGUUUCCAUUGAUUACUCCGAUGUGAUAUUCCCUGCUUGUCUGCCUCCUCAUGAUAUUAAUCUCAUCAAUAAAGUAGUCACUGUGAGCGGAUGGGGCAAAAACAAUUAUACAGGGGAGUUGGAAGACGUCCUUCAGGAGGUGAAUGUAAGAGUGCUGUCUAAGGAAAAAUGUCGUAAUGCAUCACUCUACGAGAAUGAACAAGUGCACAAAAGGAUACUGUGUGCUUCAGCCCCUGGGAAAGAUGCCUGUCAGGGCGACAGUGGUGGGCCGAUGGUGCUUCAGGAGCAACAAACUAUAUCACUGGUCGGUGUUGUGUCCUGGGGCGUCGGCUGUGCUGCAGAGAAGUAUCCAGGCAUCUACACCAGCGUCCCUGGUUUUGGGCAUUGGAUCACUAGUAAAAUCAAAGGCGACAAAUCAUGUCUCCCGUCCUAUCCCAAACCAUCCAAGAAAAAUAAGAAAAAUAAGAAAAAAGGAGAGGAUGGAUGGAUGAUUAGUGAUGGAGCUGUAUAUGACUUUCUCCCCACAUGGACCCAACUAAAUGAUACCAUCCCUAAUAACACCACGAAAAGAAAGAAUCAAGGACAAACAACGAAGCCAAACCAUGAAAAUUCAAACAGCGAAGAGGAGGGAGUGAAGGAAAAGACAAAGAGGAGGAGGAAGAAGAAGAAGAAGAAGGCUGGGGGAAACAAAACUACACAUGACGAAAACGAUACAACCAUCCAUGGCAACGUGAAGGAAACAGAGAGCAGUGAAGAAAGUCCAAACAAUCGUAAGAGUGAUGGAAAUAAAAACCAAGGACAAAACAAUAACAGACCGCACAGUGCACAGGAUGACAAUGGACAGGAACAAAACGCUGGUAUAAAUAAUAAUCACAAGAGAAAGCACGUGAAGAAUAACGUUAUUGGAGGAGUGACUCAUGCAAAUGGUGACGCUGGGAAUGUUAGUGAAUUAGAGGAUUGGAGUAUUUUACCAAUAGCUAUUAGAGCUAUUGCUGACAUUAUUUCAAGAGAUAAACAUGAAUGAACACACACACACACACACACACACACACACACACACACACACACUAGUGACCAUAUUUAUAAUAGUAAAUAUGCAUUCACUCUCUCACAAUCAUAACCUUAAAACGUCUUUACCGAAAACAGUCAAACAGUAAUAUUCAGAUUAUUAUUGUAGGUAGUACAAUUUGCGUCAGUUAUUUGAGAAGGGAAUCUCCAUGUUACUGUAAUAUAAGGAGGCAUUAUCAUGUACUAUUAUGUAUUCAAAGCAGGUCACUAUGGCCCGUAUAUCAUGUCAUUUAUUACCUCACGAAUACAAUAUAAAAUUUUUAUCAUAUGUUCAAGUAUUAUUUCAUUGUCGUUGUAAUUUGGAAGAGAGAAUAUGAGGAGGUUGAUAUGU